AGUACGUGCAGCUCUUUCACAAACGCGCCGCUCUCCAAUCUCAAUCCAGUUCCCUCAGCCAAUCAGAGCGCAGCUGGGGAAAUAAUAACCGGCUUACAGCGCCGUGCGGGACUGUCAACACACUGGACACUGGUCAUUUAGAGGAGACAAACUCCAGCUUCACAGGAGGAAGAUGAGCUGUGGAUAAAGAUUACUUCAUUCAUUUAUUCCUUCACCGUGAACCGCCCUGUUAUGUGAUUUGAUCUUAACGAAGGACUAAAACGGCAUUUUAAUCCAUUCUACGAGCAGAAAGAAGGGAUCCUCCUCACGUCUUUACCUCCAACCUGCACAGCAUGGAGUCUAACAGACAGCAUGUGACAGUGCAAUUGAUGAUCGCUGUUGGUGCAGCGGUCAUUGGCUCUUUACAGUUCGGCUACAACACGGGUGUUAUCAACGCACCUCAGAAGACCAUUGAAGAGUUCAUCAAUAAGACAUGGUAUGAACGUUAUAAUGAAAAAAUACAUGAAAACACCCUCACCACACUCUGGGCUGUAUCGGUUUCCAUGUUCUCUGUGGGAGGCAUUUUCGGCUCCUUCUCUGUAGGGCUGUUUGUCAAUCGCCUGGGCAGGAAGAACUCAAUGCUUAUUGCUAAUGUCUUGGCCUUCAUAGCAGCUGCUUUAAUGGGCUUCUCAAAGCUGGCAGCAUCAUGGGAGAUGUUGAUCCUUGGUCGGCUGGUUGUAGGUCUUUAUUCAGGCCUGUCCACAGGCUUUGUGCCUAUGUAUGUUGGCGAAAUUGCCCCAACGUCUCUGCGCGGGGCACUGGGCACUCUGCAUCAACUGGGAAUUGUCAUAGGCAUCCUGAUGGCACAGAUCUUUGGCAUUGACUCCAUCAUGGGCAAUGCUACAAUGUGGCCUUUCCUGCUUGGCUUCACCUUCAUCCCAGCUUUGAUUCAGUGUGCCAUGCUGCCUUUCUGUCCUGAAAGCCCUCGCUUCCUGCUAAUCAAUCAGAAUGAAGAGAACAAAGCCAAGAGUGUUCUGAAGAAGCUGCGGGGCACAGAAGAUGUGGGAGAAGACAUCCAGGAGAUGAAAGAAGAAAGCCGGCAGAUGAUGAGGGAGAAGAAGGUGACCAUCGUCGAACUCUUCCGCUCUCCACUCUACCGUCAGCCCCUCAUCAUCGCCAUCAUGCUGCAGCUGUCCCAACAGUUCUCUGGCAUCAAUGCUGUUUUCUACUAUUCUACAAGUAUAUUUACAAAAGCAGGGGUGGCAUAUCCUGUGUAUGCUACCAUUGGUACUGGGGUUGUGAACACGGUGUUUACCAUAGUAUCGCUCUUUGUGGUUGAACGAGCAGGACGAAGAUCUCUGCACCUUACUGGGCUGAUGGGAAUGGCUGUGUCUGCUGUGGUCAUGACCGUUGCCAUGGCACUGACCGAAAAAUACCCAGACCUUUCAUACGUCAGUAUUGUGGCCAUCUUUGUUUUUGUGGCAUUCUUUGAGAUUGGGCCAGGUCCCAUCCCGUGGUUCAUCGUGGCUGAGCUGUUCAGUCAAGGUCCACGACCCUCUGCUUUCGCUGUGGCCGGUUUCUCCAACUGGACUGCUAACUUUAUAGUAGGAAUGUGCUUCCAGUAUGUAGAGCAACUGACAGGCCCAUACGUCUUCAUCAUCUUCACUGUGUUGCUGCUUAUUUUCUUCAUCUUCACCUACUUCAAGGUGCCUGAGACCAAGGGCCGGACAUUUGAUGAAAUCUCAGCAGGUUUCCGGCAGAACGCAAGCUCUGGAGCGGAGAAGUAUGCCCCAGAUGAGCUCAAUGCACUGGGUGCAGAUUCUCAGCUCUGAGUCCAGCACAUUAUUCUCACUCUGCUUUUAUAGACUACACCCAGUGGGUGGCCAUAAAGUCCCAGAGAAGAUACUGUAGAGUUUAGGGCAACGAUAGAUGCAUGUCUCUCCAGCAGGGGGAGUCCAUCAGCUGAGUCAGCAAGAUAGGAAGCCUGCGACUGACUUCAAUUUGUUUUUAUACCUACAUACUUAUUUGUGAAGUAUUCUCUUAAUUUUUUUUUGAGAGGUAUUUUUGCUCCACUACUGGUCUCCUGUGUAGGGGUGCACAAUCAGUUGGGAGGCAUUGUACACAUAUGUGGAUGUGCUGGGCACACCAGCCUAUGUGCAUCAUAUCUGCAAAAUCUGAGCUUUGGGUAAAGCAAAAAACCAAUGUUACUGUCUUUGUCGCCUCUGGCUUUUUGGUGUUUUUAAAGAACAUUUGCUAAUAAUAAUUAGCCAAAAUAUUUGACUGUUCAAGAGACUGAAUUGAACUGUAAAGUGCACCCCUACUCUUGUUAUGAUCUUGCCCUUAACAGUGGUAUUACCACUGUAAUUAGCACUUCCCUGUUGAAAAUAAGCAUAUCAUGUAGGCUGUAGUCCCACUGCUAGAUCACACUCUCCUUUAUUUACCUUUCCACUGAAAUAAGGUCUGAACUUUUAUUUAUACUUUUAUAAAUAGCAGUACUACUGAAUAUAAAUAGCGCUAUGGAUAAUUUUUCUACUCAACCAACAGAACUGGCACAUUUAUUUAUUUCUCUGAAGUGGAGCUCCAACCUCUAGAACACUGAGCCUGAAUUUGUUAUGCACCCAAUCUUCAGGUUAUUAUGAAUCCCAUUAUGUUUAUUGAUUUUAGCUCAUGCACUGUCUGAAUUGGAGUUGUAUUGGGUUUGUUUUCUAAACAGGGUUUUACACUGUUGCUUGAAAAAUCACAGGUUAAGUGACAGGUUAUAAAAGCUACUAGUCUACAUAUGUUUUUUAAAGCUGUCUAUAUUUGCUGCAGGACCGCUGGCAUAAUAAAUGCAAGCAAUCGCUUAUUUUGGUUCUUGAUUAGGAAGAGUCAGAGACUGAGGACCAACCUUAUUUUGCCCACUUUAUAUUUCACUGUGGUCUCACGCAUUCUUUAUUGUAUUCCAGAUUUGUGUAUUCAGAACCACACACCCACCUAAUUUAUGAAAUUUUUCAUACCAAUAGUUUCUUGCAGUGACAACCUUGUUUAUUUAUUGCACAUCAAUAGGCAUUACCAAUGUGCGCGAUAUGUUUCCAUACGUGUUGAGUUCAACCAUGUAUUUGAUAUGUUUGGAGUGAAAGUGCAUAUGGUGUGUGUGAGUGUGUGUGAGAGUCAAGGUGUAUGCAUGUAUGUACAUUUGACACUAUUGUUUUCACAUUUGUAGCACAAUUUGUCUCAAAGACAUUUAUGUAACGACUGCUUUAACAUAGUGAAUGUGGGGCCAGAAUGUUAAAAUGUACAAAACAUCAAAUAUCUAGUACUGUUAGAACACAACAAUCAGAGAUAACGUUGUUAUUACUGUGUUAUUAUUAUCAAGUAGUUCCAUACAAAAAAUGCUAUUAAUAUUUGCAAAGUAUUUUGAAGAAACGGCAGCAGAGGUAUUAAAGGUUAAGCAAUGUGCCAAGAUACACCACUGUCCUGACAGCUCGUUAUUUUUGUAACUUGUCCUUUGGUAAUCACAAGCAAAGUUAAUAAAACAAAAUGUACAAACAGGGGACAACUGAGCUGUGCUGUUUUGCUUUGGUUAUGAUUCUUAAGGAACUGCACAUAAAAUCUAUUUAUGCUGUUAUAAGUCAAGAAUAAAUAUCUGCUUUGCAGGGGCUUCGUGGGGGUUAA